AUGAAGCAUUUCGAUGAGUUUUUCUGUCUGUUCGUCGGUGAUUUGGUGGUGAUGUGUGUACGCAUAUGGCUAGAGGUAGGUCACGCGUGCGAGCCACGUCGGUCUGCCCUGGGCCGAGCUCUAGCACUAGACUGGCGUGUAUGGGUGCGCGGCGUCAGUGGCUGCGACAUCAGCACUUUCGUCCACAAAGUAGUGUACCACCUUCACCCGGCGUCAGCUUUCGUUUACCCUAAGAGAGUUCUCCAGGAGCCGCCUUACGAAAUCCAAGAGUCUGGCUGCGCUUCUAUCGACAUACCGAUACACGUGUACCUGAAAUACAGCAACAGGCCAAAGAAAAUACGACUGCGAUAUAGUUUGCAAAUCGAGAAUAAUAACAAGAGCAGUUCGGAAUCGCGCUGUAUCUAUUACGACUUCGAGAACCCGUCAGAGCAGUUGUGCAAGGCACUCAUGAGUGGCGGCGGCGAGGUCGUGGCGCGCGCCGGCGCGCCCCGCCGCGGCAAGAAACUGCUCGUCGUGCUGUCCGACAGCGGAGACGACAAACCGCAGAGACUUACUAACCCCAAGAAGUACAAGUUCGUUGAACCCAUCAAGUGCAAACACGCUAAAAAAAAACGGACUAAGUCCAACAUAUUCGAUGAAACUUGUGUGAAGUGUGGUACCUCGAUUUAUGGUGAUAUAAGGAAGCAACUGAAGUCUGUGACGAUGACCGAUGAUGAAAUAAACUGUGUAUCACAGUUGUAUUUCUCGUACUCUAACUAUGAGAAAUCAGUACCUAGUUCGAAUAGAUUAUUGCUGCCGGCUAUAUCGGAUCCUAUUUACAUAGCGCCAGAGCUUUCGCCAGCGUUGAAAAAAGCUCUCAAGAAAGUCGAGGACGAUUACAAGAUGCUGUGA